AUGUCUGGCUGCCGCCGAGUCCACGCGUCAACGAUCAAGGCGGGCGACGUGCAAACCUGGGACGAGCCGGCAAUCAUCACGCACGGCGCGAGCCUUCGCCACUUUGACUGGAGCCGCCGCCGGCUGCUUCGCGAGUUUGGCUCCUUCAACCUCUCGCAGCGAGACCUCAGCUUCAACGGUGCGGGCUCGUGGUUUCUGGCGCACCGUGCGGCUGCCCCUAUCAAAGCCGGCGGUCGAAAGUUUGAGCGCUAUGCGGGCUUCAACGUCACGCUGCGAGAGGUCCUCAGCGUCGACCAGCCCGGAAACCUCUUCCUGCCGGGCGCGGGGCUCACCGUGCCUGCGCACAACCUCAUCUGGCCGCGCCUGAUACCGCGCAAAUCGCAGCUGCCGCCGCCGCUCCGCCGCGUCCUGCAGGGCCUCGGUCGCUGGCGGCACGCCUCGAUGGGGCAGUGGAACCCGGUGCACAACCACCAGGUUGCGGUCUUCACGCAGCUCGCGGGCCGCAAGGGGUGGGCGCUCGCGCCGUGGCAGCAGCGCGAGGCGUACGGCAACAGAGCCUUCUUUGGGUCGACGGACGCGGAGACGCGCGACGACUUCUGCGGCCUUUUCGGCGGUGCGGCGGGCGCGGCCUCAGGCUGUGUGUCGUCGAGGAGGGCGAGUCGAUCGUCGUGCCUGGCAACCGAGUCGAUCCUGGCUUUGCGGCACGUGGCUGGUGGCACGGCACGUGCGGCCUGGGCGAGUGGAACGCCGGCUUCACGUUCAUCGGGUACAGCUCGGAGGACUGAGCCGUUAGAUCAUACCAAGGUACUUUACUCUAGCGAGCCUCUACGGCUCUACGGCUCUAGAGAGGCUGAAGGCGGACGAAGCCGUGGAUCGUGAUUCGUGUGGGUCAAGACUCAAGUCUCAGUGUGUGACGUCAGGUGUGUGUAUCUUCGCCCUUCUUCCAAGUCAAAUU